AUGAGACAAUCAAAUGAUGCCCCUGUUGACACACUUGGUUGCGAUAAACUCUCUGAUGAUAAUGCACCACCAAAAGUUCAAAGAUACCAGAACUUGUUAGCCCUGAUGUUAUCCAGCCAAACAAAGGACCAAAUUACAGCUGGUGCUAUGAAGAAACUUAUUGGACACGGCUGCACAGUUGAAAAUGUCAUCAACACUGAUUCUCAACUUUUAGAAGAAUUAAUAUACCCUGUAUCAUUUUAUAAAACGAAAGUAAGAAAUAUAAAGAGAGUUUCGGAGAUUCUUGCGAAGGAUUGGGAUGGAGACAUUCCUGAUGAUGUGGAAAGUCUGUGCAAACUUCCUGGAGUAGGGCCCAAGAUGGCGCACCUGACGAUGCAGUGCGCGUGGGGUGUGGUCACCGGGGUGGCUGCCGAUACUCACGUGCAUCGAAUCUCUAAUCGCUUAGGUUGGGUGAACACGAAGGCUCCCGAGAAGACUCAAGUGCAGUUGGAGGAGUGGCUUCCUAGAGAGUUGUGGGGUGAGGUCAACCACCUGCUUGUUGGGUUCGGUCAGCAGAUCUGCACGUCAGUGAAGCCGAAAUGUCAGUCGUGCCUCAACAGACACAUUUGCCCCAGCAGCUCCCUCAAGAAAUCAGAAAAAUGA